AAAGUGUGACUCGCAGAAAGAGUCAUUCAUCGCUUCAUGAAACUGCGUCUAAGGUGAAAGUAGAAGAAAUGUCACUUAUGGGAGUUGCUUUCUUUAGUAAUCUGAUGUGUUGUUUGAGUCGAAUCUCUCACAUUAUUGAAGAUCAGACUGUGCUCCAGUUCCACUCAAGCCAUGUGUUUUCUUGUGGUAGUAGCUAUUUUUUACUCUGAUUUGGUGCUGUAUAUUAAUUAGCUCUCGCAUAAUCAAGAGCAGAAGUGUGUGAACCAGCUCCAAAAGUCCCCCGACCAUCAAUAAAGCGUGGGAGUGUCUCUUUAUUCUCUACAUCUAUGUGAUUGUCAGGGCGUGAGGGAUCUGCUGAAGGCUGUGAUGGACAAGAUUCAGACCGUCCCGAACUUCAUGAGCUCGGCUGUGGUUCAGCAGCUGCUCGCAGCACGAGAAGUGGUGGAGUACAUACUGGACCGCAACGCUUGUCUGCUGCCGGCGUACUUCGCUGUGACUGAGAUCAGGAAGCUGUAUCCGGAGGGCAUGCUCUCACACUGGUUGUUGGGCAGCCUGAUAUCUGACUUCGUUGAUAGUUUCAGACCGACCGCCCGCAUUAACUCCAUCUGCGGGCGCUGCAAUCUUCUGCCAGUGGUUAAUAAUUCUGGGGCCAUUUGUAACUCGUGGAAACUGGACCCGACCACUCUGCGCUUCCCGCUGAGGGGAAUGCUGCCCUAUGAUAAGGUACCGCUCUCGACCUCACAGAAUUACUAAUGAAUCUCACAUAAGAACGUGUA